AAAUAUUCAUGUUCCAUUUCCUGUGUCACCCCUCUCGUCCCGAGAGAAGCCAUAUCUGUGCAUAAAGUAGUUCUUGAGCAUAAGGCCAUAAGCCAUUAAGCCCAACGUAUCCGCAACUCGUGAAGUGAAGCAAAGGGAAGGGCCGAUGGAUGUGUAUUCAUGGGUCCGACGCCGUCUAUCCAGAAACAAACAGUCAUCUCUUCCAGCGGGAGGAAAGAGCAAAGUAUAUCGUAAAACCGAAGAAGAUGACCGCCGACUUCACGGCGUCACUGAAACACUAAUCGAACUAAUCAAAUCUUUCUCUGUUGAAACCUUCAUAAACUACACACUUCCUGAUGACGAGGGAGCUGAUGGGGAGGGCAAUGAAGGACCUUCUCGCAACGUUCGAAAGGAUCUGUCGGAUUGGCAAGAACAUCAUGCUCUGCUUGUUCUGUCCGAAGUCAAGGAGCUAGCACAUCUGAGAUUUGAGUUAUGCCCUCGUUAUUUGAAGGAACGUCAGUUUUGGAGAGUCUAUUUUUCACUAGUUAAGAGCUACGUGGCAGAAUAUGAACUGCAAGCAAUGCGCCUAGCAAGAUUAAAGCAGAUGAGCAUUGAGGAUGAAAGCAUUCCAGAUAGUAAUGUGUAUGAAGUUGAGAUGUUAGAAACAAAGCAAAGGAUACAUGACAUUUCUUUGGAGGACCGCAAAUGACCUGACAAUAUACAAAUAAGUAGGUAAUAAGUUCUGGUUUUUGUCAUACCUUGAUGAUCACCUUUUUUAGAACAUUGUCUAGCCUUCUCAAACUGUAUCAGGCUUAGGGUGAGUUGAUGUCAUUCAAAGUGUAUACUAUGCUUAGUUAUGUUUGUAUGUAAAGUUUAGAAUACAAUGGUGUGUUUACUAUGUCGAAUAUUUCACAAGGGUAAUGUCGUGAAACACUUUGCACAGUCAAAAUCAAGCGAAACAAUUACUACGGGACAAUUUAGAAAAAGAUUGCAUGCCUUACAUAGCAAUACGAUUUGAUUUUUCAUGCAAAGUUAAUACAUCCUUACACUUUAUGUGUCAUCACUUUACAUGGUUUAUUAAAACAGUAAUGACAUUACAGUCACUUGACCAAAACCUUUGUUGCUCUUGGUUUAUUGCUAUAUAUGUAGUUGAAAUUAAAGACCAAUCAGUAUUCAGUAAUCAUCUUCAUUCAUCACACGUUCAUCAUAACAAUUAUUGAAUUUUAUUGACAAAUACUCUCACAAUUAUAAACAAGUAACUAACCUUUUAUAUUACCUAGAAUCUUUAAGAGAGCGAGGAAGCAGGCCUUCAAGUGAGAAGUAAGAGCAGCUAACUGGUCGAGAAAAGGCAACAAAAUUAUUUCAAGUAGUUAGGAUAUUAAUUGCCUGCUUUAGAAUGACAAACCAGACAUGCAAGGGUUUACCAGCUUCACCAGUGAUAUCUAUAGAUGUGGACUGCUAUAGGAAGGAAAUAGAAAAAGGCAGACUUAUUUUCAAGAAAGUGAAAGCUAGGAUUGUUAUAAGCAGACUGAAAAAAGGUUGGGUUAUUAGAAUCAAUUUUACCUAUUCUGAAUUGCAGUUGCUUCUUAAAACCAAAGCUUUUCAAUUAAGUUCUAUAAAAUCUUUGAAUGGUUGACUUCGUGCUUGUAGAGCAUAGGUUGCUACAAGAAGUUGGCUUCUUGCUUCUGGCCUACUGCAUUUGGUUAUGAUAUUGGGAACACAGGUUUUGGUCAAGUGAUUGUAAUGUCAUUACUGUUUUUAAUCCCUGACAUUAGCUGUUUCCACUUUUGAUGCACUGCUAUGGACUUCUUGCUAUUUUUGGUGCAUGUGACACUGAACCCCACUCGUUGUGUGCAACUUUAGAUUGAUUUCCCAUCAUAAAUGACCAGUAAAACUAAAUGUGGCUAAGUAAGUCAUAGUUAUGCACCAAAAGUGAAAAGAAUGGAAGUCGGCGAUCAGAAGUUAUUGAAUUCCUAACCUCCAUUACGAUGGAUGGUUUUUUGUUGAAGACUUGAAGUUAUAGCACAGUUAAACUGCCCUAUACAAUAAUUUAUAUCAGAUUCAUUCAAUAAUUACAACAAACUGCAAAAAGUGUGUUUGGCAUUUAGCGGUUAGCGAAUAUCGGAUUAUGUUAGCGGGUUGUCAAUAGCGGAUUCAAUCAGUUGGUUUGACUAGCGGAAUAAGUUGACGGGUGCCACAAGAUGCUUGGUAAUUUAGCUACUUGGCCAUAACAAUGAGUGAAAAACUUCAUAUUUCAAAACACUAACUUAAAACUCUCCUAUUUGCAGCGUUUCCGUCCAAAAACGCAAGGGUCUAACAGCUAUUUACCAAACAACGUUUUCACGUAUUGAAAACGUUAAAGAGGAUCAAACCGCCAUUUUUUUUUUUGCCAGAAAUGCCAUUUUUCACUUAUUGAGUUCAUUUUUAGAUGGCAAGGAUGAAGAAAUGCAGUAAAUGAUUCUCUGCAUGCAAGACUGAUUUUUGCAAGGGUAACUGCAGGGCACAGUUAAAAAGGCAACACAUUUGAAGAGAAUUGCAGGUAACUAGGUAAGUAUCACGUUUUUACUGAGUUAAGACAUUUGAAGCAACUUAAAAGCAUCCGCUGAAUGAAUUGAAUGCAUAUUAAAUGCCAUUUAAGUACUAAUGCUUGUCUAUUUUAGAUUGGUGCUUUGAUAUAAUUGUUUGUACUUUGUACCCGCUGUUAGGCUGUGAGCACACCAUAUAUUCAGCUGUAUAUGCCAGUGGGCGCCAGAAGACAAAUGAGCAAUAUAUGAAGAGUUGGACUAAUGAAUCUGAUUAGUGAAUAAGUUUGUACUUAUUGAAAGCUUUACUUUUUGGUAAAACUUUUGUUUUUGUGAGGUCUUUUAUAGAAAAAUUCAAAGUAACAUUGUGAAUAUGUUUUGCUGAUUUUAGAGAAAUCAGUGGACCUUGAGAAGACAUGAUGAGAAAUUGAGAUGUCUUCAGUGAAUGAAAGUGAGGAUGCCAUUUUUUGUACGUAUUAGGUGGGAGGUGAUUAGUCUAAUCGAAGUGGAAAGUAGGUUUUGUGGUAGAUUAGGGCACACUGAUCUGUCAAACUGUGAUUUGUUCGAAAAAAGGUUCAUUGUUCUUUCUUCCUAUUUGGUCCUAUAACAAUGAUGGUGAUGACGGUUUGGUGGUGCAAUAGAAUAAAGGAGAGGAAGAAAUUGGUAAAGAUCCUUGGCCCAAUUAGUCCGCGGUUGUGUUCUACUUUAUGUGCAUUAUUAUUAUUAUGACCAAGUAUGAUUGGUUAGACAAUUAUUUUAUGUGCGUUAUGACUAAGAAUGUUGUUAAUUGGACUGGUCUGAUUUGAUUUAUUUAAGUUUGUUAUGAUCUAA